AUGAAAUCAGCGUCCAAUGUGAGCACAUUACAAGGACUAAAGAUAUCUGGCGUUCAGCUGGGAACCGUCAAGGGAAUACGAGUGGCUAUAAAGCCACUGGACGUCAAGAAGCUUAACGUCAAUAGGCAGCUCCUCGCAGAGAUAAAAAUGGUACACGACCUCACACAUGAGAACCUCGUUCGCUUCGUGGGACUUUGCGUCGAAGAACCCAACAUUUCGAUAAUCACAGAACUGUGUCCGCGAGGAAGCUUAAGGGACAUGCUCGAAAACGAAGAAAUCAACAUCGACUGGAUGUUCAAGUGUUCCAUGAUUACAGACAUAGUUGAGGGUCUGAACUACCUUCACGGCACGCCCAUUCAAUUCCACGGGAGGCUGAAGAGCACCAAAUGCAUAGUGGACGGCCGCUUCGUCGUAAAGCUGGCAGACUACGGGCUACGACACCUUCACGCGCAGCUUCCCGAGCCCGAAGAUAAGAAUCCAAGAUCCAUGUUCUGGACUGCGCCGGAGUUCCUGCGCCUCAAAGAGCCGCGGCAGCACUCGUCGCAGAAGGGAGACAUCUACGCCUUUGCCAUAAUUCUCCAAGAGGUGAUCACCAGGUCGGGACCGUACGAGUCCCUGGAACGCAUCGGCCGCACGAGAUCGGUGAUGGAACCUGAAGAGAUCCUGGACCGCGUGAAGAUGGGCACGACACCGCCGUUCCGUCCCGAGGUAUCCCCCGACGAGUGUCCCGCCGAUAUGCUGCGCCUCAUGCGCGCCUGCUGGGCCGAGGCCCCCACGGACAGGCCCACCAUCUCCGAGGUCAGGCACGCCGUCAAGAAGAUCACAAAGGGCCUGUCGAGCAAGAAUUUCUUCGACAACUUGCUCCAGCGAAUGGAGCAAUACGCCAACAAUUUGGAAUCGCUGGUCGAGGAGAAAACGCAGUCUCUUCUGGAGGAGAAGAAGCGAACGGAUGAACUGCUCUACCAGCUGCUGCCCAAGUACGUUGCCGAUGAACUCAAGAAGGGCUCACACGUGCAGCCAGAAGCAUUCGAGUCUGUAACGAUUUUCUUCAGCGACAUUGUCGGAUUCACGUCCCUCUCGGCCGACAGCAACCCGAUGCAGGUGGUUACGCUGCUGAACGACUUGUACACCUGCUUCGACGCCAUUAUAGACAAACACGACGCUUACAAGGUGGAGACCAUCGGCGACGCCUACCUGGUCGCCUCCGGUCUGCCCAUCCGCAACGGCAACGAACACGUGCGCGAGAUCGCACGCAUUGCGCUGUCGCUGCGUCACCAGCUGCAGUUCUUCAAGAUACGCCACCUGCCCAAGAGAAAACUGCAGCUCCGCAUAGGAAUUCACUCCGGUCCAUGCGUCGCCGGUGUAGUGGGCCUAAAGAUGCCGAAGUACUGCCUGUUCGGUGACACGGUCAACACGGCCUCGCGCAUGGAAACCACCGGUGAACCGCUCAAGAUACACGUCAGCUCCAAGGCCAAGGAGCUGCUCGACGUAUUUGGAAACUUCGAACUCACGCUAAGAGGCGAGGUGCAAGUGAAGGGAAAGGGCCUCAUGACCACCUACUGGCUGGAAGGCGAACGCAACAGGGAACCGGAAACGGAACAGUGAAAGAGCCGUCUCUCCGCUCCCAUGCAUCCUGAUGUGCCUGUCAAUAUGACUUGAAAAGCGACCCCAAGGCUAAAACCUACGAAAACUUCAAAAAAAAAAAAGGAAACGGAAGAAAAAGAAAUACCAGCUAACGCACACCGUGAUAGAGCAAGCUAGAUUGAUAAUCUAUAGAGAUAAUUCCGUGGCAUACGUUAACCGCCCGAACAUUUCCUUCUUUGAAGAUUCCGUGGUUUGCUUCAUCCUCACUAAUC